AUGGCCGUCAUGAAUGCCUCACACUUUGAUGAUCUCUCGAAUACUUCUCCCUUCACACCCUCAGAACUGUUCCUUGUAGAUCCGGGGGAAUUUGACGAUCUCGACCUCCUGGACGAGUUCCACCAGUUCACCAAUGUGGACUUCUCAGAAAUGCUCACUGCCGACCCAGAUGACUCUAUCGCCAGAGACCGAUUGAAUCUUGGUGAUGUUGGAGUCUCUCCCACAGAGCAAUCGACAGCGUCCACAACCACAGAUUCGGAGCAACCUGCAGAUUCUAGCACGAAAUUGGGCCUGCAGCGGCGCCGAGCGCAAAACCGCGCGUCUCAACGUGCUUUUCGCGAACGCAAAGAGAAGCACCUCAAAAGUCUGAAGUCGACUUUGGACAAUCUCGGCGAGAAGCAUCAGAGGCUCCUCGACUCAUACUCGCAACAGGCUGAAAUAGUGACCAAGUUGAAAAGGCGCAUCGCAGAUCUCCACGCACAAAUUGCAGCCAUGUCGACUUACUCUGAACAAGACCUGGCCACCGAGAUGUUCCGAGUCCAGAGGCCUCUGACCACGGAGUUCCAGCAAUUUGACGCUUUCUCCUUCUCACCACUGUCUGUCUCUGCUGCUGGUCGCCACAGCCAAAUCUUGGGUCGCGCUGAGGUUGACAGAUUGCCCACUCUGGAGUCGCAUGAUCUCCCAGAGUUUGAAGACCUGCUGAACGUCCCUUGA